AUGCGCUCCGCCUCAUCCUGGCCUCGUGAUCUUAGCGGAAUUUUCGGCACCUUGGUUAUUGAUGAGGCACAUACCUUGCGAAACCGCAACACAGCUCAGUGGACUGCAGCCCAUGCAAUCAACGCGAAAUCCACGACUCUGGCGACCGCGACCCCCCUUUUCAACAGUUUUAAGGAUUUUGGCGCGCUGUACCCGUCCCUUAUCCCCUCAAGCAAUGAAUCUACGCGCUACGCCGGCUUAUCCGACAAGCCAUCUUGGGCCCCUGGAGAACCCGUCCAAGGCCAAUAUUGGUUUCGAGGAGAAGGGGCCGGGGAAAAUGCUUUGAAGCACUGGGUCCUGUAUCUUGGAUGGCAGCAGGCGCGAUACCUGCACGAGCCGAAGAACAAAAUCUCUCACGAAUCCCCUAUUUGGCGGUAUGCCCAGGCGUGCGAGGAGCUCGCGUCAAUUUAUAAAGCCUUUCAGAACAAGUUCGGCAAUUCUUCCACCGGGUAA